AUGGAAAAUCAAUUGAAAAUAUUUUAGGAAGAAUUAUAAGAAUUGCUCAUCAAAUCAUAAUUGAACAUGAGAAAGUUGACUAUUAAUAAUAUUUAAUUGUCUGAUCUAAUGAAGACAUCAGCCAACGAUCUCCAUUAGGCAGUCGAAGAAAAUACAGAUAAAGUAAAUCUGUAAAUAAAAUAAUGUAUGCAAAUGCAAGAUGAAUUCUUACAAAUUGAAGCCUUAUAAAAGAAAGUGGAAAUCUUUAGAUUAAUAGUAGAGGAAAUAUAGAAAAAGAAAGAACAAGAAUAUUAGAGUUUAUUAAAAGCAUGA